CUGCUUCGCUCACCGAGGUCCAACACUGUCCAUCGCAUUUUGGAUAUGAUAUGAUGGCGAAUGCUAUACAUGGCAGGCCAUUCGCAAAGAGAUGUUUCGUGACCAUAGGCGCAACGGCCCCCUUCAAUGGCCUGAUCAAAGGGGUUCUAGCGGCCGAUUUCAUCAGAGAAUUACAACGAGCUGGGUAUACUGAAUUGCGGAUACAGUAUGGUGAUCACGAGGGCGAAGCUAUCUUCAACGCCAGAAAAGACGAAAUGGAAACGACCCUGGAAGCUGAUAAAGUCGAUGUCACUGGUUUCGGGUUUGACAGAACAGGUCUCAGCAAGGAGAUAGCAGCUGUCAAAGGACGUUCGGCGGAAACCGAAGGGAUGGUCAUCAGUCAUGCGGGGUCAGGAUCCGUACUCGAUGUCCUCCGAGUGGGCAUUCCUCUCGUGGUCGUGCCAAACGCAGAUCUCUUGCACAAUCACCAGGUCGAGCUGGCUGAAGCCCUGGCACAGCAGGACUAUGUCGUCUAUGGAAAGCUCGAGUGAGUUGUUCCAUCCCCUCAGACACAUUGCUUGUCUAUUGCAUGCCUUGUUGGGCGGUUGUGAGUCACAUGUCUGACCAUAUCGUAGCGAUCUGAAGUCCUCAAUAUCAGAGAUCGAAACUCUCCGAAAGAAAAUGAGGAAAUGGCCACCCCUUCGUUCCGGUGAGGAGAAGUACGAGAAUGGCAUUGCAGACGUCCUUGCCGAAGAAAUGGGAUGGCAAUUGGACUGAGUGAGUACGCGAGCUGAUGGUAUAAGCGCCUUUACCUCUCUCCGAGCUACGCAAUCCUUCAAAACCGGCACCUCUCAGACCUCAGACCAAAGAAUACAUCCACGAAGCAAACUUUCGGCGAAUGUCGAACGACGAGCAGCCACUGACAGAAUCUUCUCUAUCUGGCAAAGCAUCAUUGGCCGGUCACAGAAAUAUGUGUCUUUCCAGCAGCUGCUUCAGGAUUCCAGCUUGAUUGAUUGUUGAUGAAAACUAUACGAGUACUGGUGAGACAUGCAGCUGGUAAUGACGAAAGGAGAGUCCAUGCCUGUCAGACACUCUGGGCGAGCACGCAGAUCGCCUCGGUGUGGGCAUCUUGAAUCCCGUCACUCCCGGGACACCGGAGCUGGGUACCUUGGUCGAGUACUCCACGGUCCGCCAGCUACCCCUACCUUCGCUCUUGGGCCUGAAUUACUGGGAUCCGAGCCGUUGAUGGGCUCUGAAAGCGAGAGGCGGCCUUGGGCCAAUACACUAACUAUGAGUUUUGGUGUGCAACAAUAUUGAAAGGGUAUCCGUCCAACUAGCUGUUAUUUUGCUGGAAGUAUUUGGGGCACUAGGGCAAAUCCAGCUGCGACCAAAGAUCAAGCGUCUAGACGUAGGAGAUGUGUGUAUAUGUGCCUAGUGAAAUACUGGACUAGUUCAAUGAGACACAGUUUCCAG